AAUAUAAAUGGCGUAUUUUGUUAAUGCUAGUGGAGUUCAGUUUGAGGUUUUAUCUAAAGGAGAGCAUACUAUUGGUAGAGGACCCCUCUUGAAAAUUACUGACAAGAGAGUGUCCAGGAAUCAUGCCACAGUUAAAGUAAAUGAUGAUAAUGCUGUCUCCAUUUGUCCUAGACACACCAAUCCAUGCUAUUACAAACCCAGUGGGAGGGACGAGCAGAUUCAACUGAAGAAAGACGUUUGGCAAACAUUAUCAGAUGGGGAUCAGAUCUCAAUCCUUCAUUACAAUAUCAAAGAAUUAGUUUAUACUUUAAGAGUCACAGUCGAUCCUAAAGAAGAAACACUGAAAGAAGAUGCAACAUUGAAGGUCGAAGAAGAGAAAGAGGAGGACAAUGAAGAGGCAUCUAAUCUAGAUGAUGGUGAUACUGUUAAAGAAAAACCUCUCAUUAAUUCUGAUAAAAACUCCUAUCCCUCGAAUAGCUCAAUGCUAAAAGAAUCGUUGACGACUGAAAAGAAGAAGAAAACUCGAGUAUUACCAGCAUGGAUGCUAAAUGCUGCUUCAACACUACAGACUACAAAUGAUGAGAACGCUACAAAGUUAUCUCCACCACCAAAGAAGAGGAAGACAAGCACAAAGACCUCUGGAUCCAGCAGCAGUGCUGGUGCUACUGAUAUUAAAAAGACCAAAGAAACAAAAACUUCUUCUAAAUCUUCACCUAAACCAAAAAAGACUACAGCCAAAGAUAGCAAGGCAUCACCAACUCCAAUUGAUUCAGAUGAGUCUACUGAAGCAGACAAGAAAAAGGCUUUACCAGCUUGCCCUUAUGGAAAAGGUUGCUAUAGGAAGAAUCCAGUUCAUUUUCAGGAGUACACUCACAAUGAUGAAGAAGAAGAGGAAGACACAAAGGGUGACUCAAUUGACGAGGCUGAUAAGCCAGAGUGUCCAUAUGGAACUUCAUGUUAUCGGAAAAACCCACUUCAUCGCCAGCAAUUUAAUCAUUCAAAGGCACCAGCUUCCGACAGCAGGAAAAGAGCAACUCGAACAAGCACUAGAUCAACACGUGGGAAAAAGCCAAAGAAAAGUGUGUUAGUUGGUGACAGUGAUGAUGAUGGAGAAGCAAAUUCUUAUGAUUACAAUGAUUCUUUUAUUGAUAAUGCAGAGGGGGAAGGAGAAGAUGACUCAUCUACCAGUUAUGGGGCAGACUCUGAUGAAGAUGCAGAUUGGGCUCCAAUGGAAGACAGCGAAGAGAUUAGUGAGCUACUAUCUGAUGCAAAGGAGUUUGUGUCAAACAGUAAAAUGCAGAAAUAGACAAAAUGCACAAUAUAUAUAAUUAAAAGUAAAAAAAAUAAUGAUUAUUAGAUCUAAAACUAAGAUCAACCAAUAUAAAAUCUUUCUUUAUGAUGUUAUCCUUUUAUACAUUACAUCAGUUCUCA